AUGAAUUCUUCUCCUGCCCACAAUAUCCUCAUCAUUGGCGCAACUGGCCAACAGGGCCGGUCCGUGAUCGCCGCACUCCUCCAUCAACAUCACGAGGUCGACGGGUCGUCUCCUCAAAAUGGCACGAAAUUUGAAAAGAUUUUUGCUCUCACAAGAUCGAAGGAAUCGCGCCAGGCAAAAGAACUCGCAUCUUCAAGCUCAGCGAUCCACCUGGUCGCCGGGGAUCUCGCAGACCCCGAAGCAAUCUUUUCCGCAGUCGGCGAGCCGGUGUGGGAUCUUUACAGCGUCCAAAUCAAUGCAAACGCCGAGGAGACCCAAGGUAUAGAGCUUGUCAAUGCCGCCUUGCGCCACGGUGUGCGCCACUUUGUUUACGCCUCUGGGGAUCGUGGGGGACCUGUCAAGUCCGAUACAAAUCCAACACCCGUGCGCAACUUUCGCGCCAAAUUCAACAUCGAGAAUCACCUCAAGGCCGUUUGCUUGCAGAGUACGUCGGCCAUGACAUUUACCAUCUUGCGGCCUGUCACAUUCUUCGAGAACUUGGGCGGCGAAUUGCACGGCCGCGGAUUUGCUCGGAUGUGGGAGCAGAUGGGCCACAAGGGCAAGAAGCUUCAGUUUGUGGCCACAAAAGAUAUCGGGUGGUUCGCUGCUCAAAGCUUUGCGAAUCCAGAGUCCACCACCUUCCGGAACCAAGCUGUGACUUUGGUGGGGGAUGAGUUGACACAGGAAGAAGCCGAAAUCAUCUUCAGAAAAGCAAUGAAUGGUCAUAGCAUGCCGCUCGCACCAUGUCCUAUCGGGAGCAUGGUGAAAUGGGACAAAAAGGAUACGGUUGGGGAUAUGUUUGAGUUGUUUGAGAAGGAGGGCAUAGCUGGUCACGGUGAGCUGUGA